AUGUCUAGGGCCCUCAGGAUCCCCGACACCCGAUGGGAAGCGCACAAGGAGACCAUACAGUCAUUGUAUCUUGAACAAAACAAAACCGUUGAUGAGAUCAUAAGCUUCAUGGCUGAGAACCAUCAGUUCUAUGCUUCAAAGAAACAAUAUAUACGCAAAGUCACAGUCAACUGGAAGCUCCGAAAGAAUACCAAGAAGGAAGAAUGGGAGCAAGCGAGUGCAUUGAUCCUGAAGCGCAAAGCUGAAGGCAAAAUGACCCAACUCACCAUUCAUGGCAAGAUUAUACCGGACAAGAGGAGUAAGAGGGAAACUAGGAGGUACGCGCCCAAAGACACAUUGGAAAGUCCUGUACUGCCACAUAUCGAAUCUGUUGCCGUUCAGACGCCUCCAACAUUACAUCAAGACAUUACGUACUUUAACCUACCGUGGUUCGAUCUGAAAACACAACUCAGGAGUCACAUGCUUGGUAAUGGGCUACACCCGAUCUUGGAUAGAGCCAUAGCAUCAAUUCAUGAUCCAACCGCAUCUUCUCCAUCCACUUCUCGGGACCAAGUCACCAUGGAAGGUUUUGUAGGGUCCCUCUUACUUUCUAUCAAGUCCGGGAGUACAUCGAAGUCGGAUCAUGAUUUGAAAGUUCCCGCUAUGUUGGAGUCUUUGGAUGAAGAAAUUCCAUUUAGCUAUAGGAACAAGCACAGCACAGAACUGCAAACUGGACAAUCUGACAUCCUUGGCCCCUGGUCUCGACUAUUUCUCUCAAUGGCAUUUCUUUCGACAAACAAUCGCUGGCAAGACAAGACGUUGAUCAAAUUUCUGGAGCUGGCUAUCUCCUAUGGGCUUUUGCAAGAUUUAAAGCAGGCACUCUCUCUGAAGGGACCAACGAUAAAGUUGUUCUCAGUAGCUUUACUGUCCGCUGCUAUCGACAUACCUGAGAGGAAAGGUUUUGAUUUCGCCCAAUACCUACUUCAACAAGGAGUAAAUCCAAACAGUGCUUACUCUACUCGGACACCUUUACAGAGAGCAGUAGCCUCUGAACGCAAAGGAGCUGUCCAGCUUCUCCUGGACCACGGCGCAGAUCCAUUUGCAUCUUUUCCAACCUUACAGCCGCAGAGCCCGUCGCACAUGGGACUCUACGAUAGCAAGUCACUUGCAGAAGCCUUGGUAGAUAGGAGUUAUUCGUUAACACGGGACCCCACCCCUGAUAGGAUGAUACUCCUCAAAACACCACUAGUGCUUGCUAUCAAAGCUAAAGAUGAAGAGCGAGUGAGACAACUGCUACAGGCAGGAGCUGAUACAAACCUCUUCCACCCGAAAGAUCUGUCUCCGCUUCAUGUGGCAGUUCGAUGCAAAAACGCUGCGAUGGUCAGCUUAUUGAUCGAAUUCGGAGCAGAUCCAAAUCUCUUUUGCCGAGCUGAGAUGGAGACAACUCUCACGAUCGCUCGAUCAGAUCUAUCUCCAGGUUAUCCCAUUCCCCUAGGCACUCCUCUACAGAAUGCCGUUGGGCUAAACGACCUUACUAUUGUUAAACGGCUUUUACAAGCAGGCGCGGACCCUAAUGGCACAAUAUGUUUGGAUAUGUCGGCAAAUAACGAAGAUGCAUGCUACGAAUGCCACUUUGCUUUAAAUUCCCUCCAAAUUGCGAGCAAGCUAGACGGGUGUUAUCUCAACUAUACUAACCGGCGGGAGAAUACGUUUAAGUUAUUUGAGUUGCUACUCAAAGCAGGUGCAGGUGUCGACACUCGACAUACAAUGCAGUCGACCACACUGCAGUAUUGGGGAGCUGAUGUGAACGCACCUCCAGCUGCUCAACUGGAUGGGAAGACUGCUCUUGAAGCUGCUGCUGGAGCCGGGGAUGUCGAUCUGGUCGAAUUGCUGCUCCGGGAAGGCGCGAUUUGCAACGACCCAGCUUCCAUUCUGCAAGGAGCCUUUGCAUCUGGUUGCCAGAAUUUAGUCGAUUUCUUGAUCCGACACUUCGCAAAAACAGACUUAUCUGCGCUCGAUAUAGACGACAACUGGGUUGAAUACCUCGAAGCAUCCGCCAAAUCUGGAAAUGUUCGACUCGUGGAUAUGGUUCUCGAGAAUUGUGUUGAUAAGAACACUGAACGAUUUGAGAAACAUGCUAUAAAUGCCAUGGAAGCCGCUGUUGCCCACGACGACAAUAAUGUGCUAGGUCGCCUACUCCUAUCCGGAGUCAACCCCAAUGCAGAUGGGAGGGCCUGUCGUAUCCUGAACAGCGCAAUAAUUGGUGCAGGUUAUGCAGUUCGUUGCUUCACUUUGUUAAUGUCCAAGUUCGCGGCCUUAAAAUCUGAUCUGGACCAGCCUCUUCCCGGCGAGCCAACACCUCUUUGGACAGCCAUUUCUCGCAACAACACGGCUGUAGCACAAUGCUUGAUAAUCUCUGGUGUUGAUGUCAACCGUCCAUCUCUUUGUAUCGACAAGGUAAAGGGUAACCGACUUGAAACACCCAUGGCGGAUGCAAUUCGCUGCGUCCCCUGUAUGGAGGAUGACUCAGACCAUGCUUGUCCAGUUGAUCUUCUCAUAAUGAGCGGUGCAAACGUCGACCGUCUUGUUGAUGGAUCCAUGACCGCUCUGUUGCUAGCCCUAAGACUAGGACAAUAUAAAGUCGCAGAGAAACUGCUUCUUCAUGGAGCCAACCCAAACAUCAGAGAUUUGAACACAGGAAUGCAUGCUUUUGACAUGGUUCUAACAGGAAUGGAUUGGUGGCCUGACAUAUCUUUUUUCAAGUCCCUCAUGGGUCAUGGCUUCGAAUUUGAAGGGGAGUUCGGCAGUGGGACUACCAUUCAAGCAGUUUUCGGGAAGCCCUCGGGACUUUAUGGGACCGAUGACUGCCAAAUCGUUGAGCUGGUAGUUAGAUUGCUGAUCGGCGCUGGGAUUGAAGUCAAUGCACCCACGACAGAAGAAACCCCUAUGACAGCCCUCCAAUAUGCCAUUGAUGCCAAUCAUGAGGAGCUUGUAGACAUCCUCUUGGCUGCAGGGGCUGAUAUACACGUACCGGCCUUUUGGAAAAAGGGAAAGACCGCUCUCCAAGCAGCAUGCAACACUGGUAACCUUGAACUGGUCAGAAGCCUUGUCAAACAAGGUCUGGAAAUCAAUGAGCGGCCAGCCUCGCAUAACGGCGCGACUGCACUCCAGUUUGCAGCAAUGCAAGGGCAUAUAGAUGUAGCCAUCUUCCUUCUCGAGAACGGAGCGCUUGUCAACGCCCCAGCUGCUUUAGUGGAAGGAAGAACAGCACUUCAGGGCGCUGCAGAACAUGGGAGGUUGGAUAUGAUUUUCCUGCUACUCGAGAACGACCAAGAUGAUGGACUGGAGGAGAGAUGUCAGGAUGCAGCAAAGUUUGCCGAGAAAGAAUCACGCUUUGAGAUUGCACAGAUUUUACGAGAGUAUAGGAGGAGUAAUGUUCACGACCACGCAUACAUCCCGUAUGGGAAGUUGACUGAAUGA